CGAAAGUGUAGCGCAACAUCCGGUGUGCCCUUCUCGGUCUCUCUCCCCUCCUCUUCUCCGCCGCUGUGAAAAAAAAAGAAAAAAUCGGAGAAAUUAGAAAAAACAAAGAAGAGACCCACACGGAAGAGAAAAGUUUACGAAGGGUAAUCAUUUUCUUGCUUUAUCCUAUCGCAGGCGCAGCAAUAACACAUCUGGGAAUGAAGUAAAACCUUUCCUGGUCACAAAAGUUUGCAAUGUAUGCCAGGAGAUUGAAGUGUCGAAAUCCUAAUUGGAAAUUCCUAUUUGGUGGACAAUCAAGGGAUAUUUCACAAUCUUGUUGUAGUAAUAUCUCACAUUUACACCACAAUGUGAAAGGUACAGUUAUCAGAAAAUUCGGCCCAACUCCGCCGCUUUCAUUCCCAAGUAGUUGCAAUGUAGGGAACUGUAAAAGGUAUAGCGCGCGCGAUUCGUAUGGUAUGCUUAGAUUUUACAGCUCCAAAGGUGAUGGUAGUCGUGCAAGUGAGGGCAAACGUGUGCCGGUUAAAGACGCGACGAACUUGGACAAAGCUAAGGUUAGUAAAGAGGCGGUUGUAACCAAUUCGAGAAAUUACAACGAGCAUGCGUGGCUCGGCGAACAAGACCAGCAAGAGUGGCUCAACGGCGAGAAGUUCUCCAUUGACUGUAAGAAGAGGGAAUCUCCGUUUUUAACCAAGAGGGAGAGGUUCAAGAACGAGUUCUUGCGCAGAGUGGUUCCGUGGGAGAAGACCACGGUUUCGUGGGACAACUUCCCCUACUAUAUUAAUGAGAAUACAAAAAAGGUGUUAGUCGAAUGUGCGUCCUCCCAUCUGAGGCACAAAAAUUUCGCGUCAUCCUACGGUGCUCGGCUGGCUUCUUCGAGCGCGAGGAUAUUGCUUCAGAGUGUCCCAGGAACUGAGCUUUACCGGGAAAGGUUAGUAAGAGCAUUGGCUCGGGAAUUACAAGUCCCAUUACUGGUUCUCGACAGCAGUGUUCUGGCUCCAUAUGACUUUGGUGAUGAUUGCGCCUCCGAAAGUGAGACGGACGACGAAGAAAAUGCAGAGUCGGGGGAGGAGUGCACGUCAGAGUCAGAGGAGGAGAAUGAAGCAAGCAAUGAAGAAGAAUGGACGAGUAGUAAUGAAGCUAAAUCUGGUGAAAGCGACGAUGAUGAUGCUUUGCAAAAAUCUGCUGAAGCCUUGAGGAAACUCGUCCCAUGCAGCCUUGAAGAAUUUGCCAAGAGAGUUUCUGGAGAAGCUGAGAGUACUUCAACAUCAGAAACCUCAGAAACUGCUGAGUCAUCAGAGCAAUCAAAACGACCUCUCAAAAAGGGAGACAGAGUGAAGUAUAUUGGUGCCUCAGUGCUUGUUGAAGUUGAUCAUAGGAUCAUUUUGGGAAAAGUACCUACUCCUGAUGGCUCAACCAAUGCCUAUACUUUUCUUAGGGGCAGGACUCUUUCAAACGGACAGCGUGGUGAGGUAUAUGAGAUCAAUGGGGAUCAAGUAGCUGUCGUUUUUGACAGUCCUGGGAACAAAAUAGAUGAUGACAAUACAAAUAAGAAUGCCAAAGAGCAACCUGCAAAACCUUCGAUCUAUUGGGUUGACAUUCAGGAUAUUGCACACGAUCUUGAUACUCAGGCAGAAGAUUGGUACAUUGCAAUCGAAGCACUUUGUGAGGUUUUGCCAUCUCUUCAGCCAGUUAUUGUCUACUUUCCAGACAGUUCCCAGUGGUUGUCAAGGGCAGUACCAAAGUCAAAUCGUGAAGAGUUUAUCCAAAAGGUAGAGGAAAUGUUCGACCAAUUUACAGGACCUGUCGUUUUGAUUUGUGGACAGAACAUGGUAGAGGCUGCACCACCCAAGGAGAAAGAGAAAUAUGUAAGACUGACGAUGGUGCUUCCUCAGCUUGGUCGCUUGACUCAGCUGCCCUUGCCGUUGAAGCGACUAACAGAGGGACUGAGAGCAACAAAAUCUGCAAAAACGAAUAGCAUAUGUAAACUAUUCACAAAUGCUCUGUUUAUUCCUCUUCCAAAGGAAGAUGAAGAGCUAAGAAUUUUCAAUAAACAGAUCGAAGAAGAUAGGAGAAUUAUAAUAUCAAGAAGUAACCUUAUUGAACUGCACAAGGUAAUGGAAGAAAAUGAGCUGUCAUGUGCAGAUCUGUUGCAUGUAAAGUCUGAUGAUGUGAUCUUGACUAGGCAAAAAGCCGAGAGAGUUGUUGGAUGGGCUAGAAAUCAUUAUCUGUCAUCCAUAAUUCUUCCCUCUUUAAAGGGCGAUAGGCUGGUGAUUCCUCGUGAAAGCUUGGACAUAGCCAUUGCAAGGCUAAGGGAACAGGAGUCAACUUCCAAGAAAACAUCACAAAAUUUGAAGAGUCUGGCCAAAGAUGAGUUUGAGAGCAACUUCAUUUCAGCGGUAGUUCCUGCUGAGGAAGUAGGAGUGAGGUUUGAUGAUAUUGGUGCGCUCGAGGAGGUGAAGACGGCACUUGAUGAGCUUGUCACGCUUCCUAUGAGGAGACCAGAGCUCUUUACGCAUGGAAAUUUGUUAAGGCCUUGCAAAGGGAUUUUGCUCUUUGGGCCUCCUGGAACAGGAAAAACUCUUCUGGCAAAAGCACUUGCCACUGAAUCUGGUGCAAAUUUUAUUAGCGUAACUGGUUCAGCUGUUACAUCAAAGUGGUUUGGAGAUGCUGAGAAGCUCACUAAAGCCCUCUUUUCCUUUGCGAGUCGACUAGCCCCUGCUAUCAUAUUUGUUGAUGAGGUUGACAGCUUACUUGGCGCUCGAGGUGGUCCUUUUGAGCAUGAAGCAACAAGAAGGUUGCGAAACGAAUUUAUGGCCGCAUGGGACGGGCUUCGGACAAAGGAAAACCAAAGGAUUCUUGUUCUUGCAGCGACGAAUCGUCCUUUCGAUCUAGAUGAUGCUGUAAUACGCCGCUUGCCUAGAAGGAUAUUUGUGAACCUUCCUGAUGCCGGGAACCGAACGAAAAUCCUAAAGAUUAUUCUUUCUAAAGAGAACCUCGAACCUGGUUUUAGAUAUGAAGAGCUUGCCGAUGCCACUGAAGGAUAUUCAGGAAGUGACUUGAAGAACCUAUGCGUUGCUGCUGCGUAUAAGCCAGUUCAAGAACUUCUGGAAGCAGAAAAGGAGGGAGGUGCUACUAGUCCAGGACCUUCUCUAAGGCCCCUAAAAUUGGAUGACUUUAUCCAAGCAAAAGCCAAGGUCGGCGCUUCGGUCGCCUAUGAUGCCGUUACCAUGCAUGAACUCAGAAGAUGGAACGAACAAUUCGGCGAGGGCGGCAACAGGAGAAGAUCGCCAUUUGGAUUUGGCAAUACUGCAUAACGGUAUAUCUCGGUAUGAUCUUUUGUAACAUUAUAGAUCUGAUCCAAGCCCUACAAGCCUAACUUAAAUGUUUAUUGCAAUUAUUUCUACUUCUUUUAUCUCUAAUCUCCGGCCCUCGUGUUGCUUGGGUGGAGCUUGUGGUGUAUCAAAAUGCAUGCUUCUGCGUAGGUUAGAUUCUAAAUUGAAUUUGAUAGCCAAAAAAAGUCAGGCAUAGUAGAUGGUGAUUACGAAAAUCGAGCCCUUUGUAAGCUUGAUAAUUUUUUUAUUGAUGGCGUAAAUUAGGUCGGCGCAUAUUGUUGACUCUUGCUUUUUGAAAAUGAAGUUUAUUUACGGAUUAUAAACAAGUUGAUGAUAUUGUUAUAUUCAAAUACUUUUUUUGAUUCUGCCAA